UGUGUGUCACUGCUCUUCUCUGCCAGACUGAUAGACUCACUGACUCGGAGAGAGGGAAGCUCAUAAAAACAGCGAAAGAGUUGAAAUUAAAGGAACCUAUCCCGGCUGACUUGGAUUGGAGACAUGACCAAAGAGACUGAGACUCUGGGACUGGUCUUUCAGAGCGAGAACUUCAACUAUAACCGUUACAAUAACUACGUCAUGGACUCCUGGUCCUACCUGGACAGCCCUGUCCCCGAGCAAAACCACCCCAAACCCAGACUCCACCCAGGAGACGACCUGACAGCCUUAACCAUGCUUUAUGAACAGUGCAAGAACCAGAAAGAGCAGAAGAUUACUAGCUGCAACCGCGCCAACAACAUCUGCAAAACAGAGAGGACGCCAAGCAAUGAGCUUGCUGCGCUGGAGGCGUCCGCCAACGUCAUGAGGAUCCUCUCUGAGAGCGUUCCCGUAAGCCAUCCAGCCCAAGAGGUUCUGGGAUCCAAGCCGAGCACCUCCCUGCCAAUUUCUGUGCCCACCACCUCAGACACCUACGCCACCCUGACCAGUGUGGUGGCGGACACUUACGACAAACAGGAGCUCAACAUCAUCUUUGACUCCCUGCUGCAGAAGUGGCCUGAGCCCGGUGCUUUCCCUGACCCCAGCACUGAGACUCUUCCCUACAGCGAUCCCUUCCCCGAGGAGCAGCCCAGCCCUGUCUACUCAGGCUCCUACACCGGCUCCCCACAAGAGAGAUUCAGGAGUGAGUUCCAGUUUUCCCUGGGAGCUCCUGUGGCUUCUCCUUACAAGUCCAGCGAGCUGCCCAUGGUCUACCUGAACAAGGGCCAGUUCUACCCCAUCACUCUCCAGGGAGUGGACAGCAGUGCCUGCCUCGGUGUCACUAAAGUCAAGACGGUCGUGAUGGCUGUGUUCGAGAACGACAAGAGCCCAGAAAUGCAGCUCCGCUUUUGGAAUCACUGGCACGCACGUCAGCCAACCGCCAAGCAGAGGGUCAUUGACAUCGCGGACUACAAAGAAGUGUUCAGCGGCAUUAGCAACAUAGAGGAGGUGGCCUUCAACGCUCUCUCCUUUGUUUGGAACCCCAGUGAAGAGGCCAAGGUGUACAUUGGCAUCAACUCCCUGAGCACAGACUUCUCCGCUCAGAAGGGAGUGAAGGGCCUGCCUCUAAACCUACAGAUCGACACUUACGACUUCAGCUCAGGAACCAACCAGCUCCUACACAGAGCCGCUUGCCAGGUCAAGAUUUUCUGCGAUAAGGGUGCAGAGAGAAAGAUGCGUGACGAGGAGAGGAAGAGAAGCAAGAGGAGGGGAAAGGCCGAUGCUAACACCAACAAAUCUUUAGUGAGCAGCUCCAUGGGCAGCGACAGCACCUUAUUUCAAAGCCUGGAUGACCACGUCACCCAGCCGGUCCUCUUUAUCCCAGAAACACACGUCAACAGCUUACAGCGCAUGGCCCCUCCCAUGGAUGAGACUGACAGGAGUUCUAUGAAGAGAUUGUAUCCAGACAGAGACCAGAACAGCUCUCCACCCAGCAAGCUAGCCCGCAGAGAAGACCCACAAAGAGUUCUUCUGUAUGUAAGGACACCCGCUGAAGAGGUCUUUGAUGCACUCAUGCUCAAUGCGCCAACGCUGUCAGGCCUACGGGAAGCUGUUUCAGAAAAGUACGGUGUGCAAAAAGACACCAUUGGGAAGAUCUACAAAAAAUGCAAACGAGGGAUUUUCGUCAACAUGGACGACAACAUCAUCGAACACUACACCAACCAGUCGGCCUUCCUCAUCGAGAUGUCCGAGGUCGUCGGCGGUCAGUUCCAGGUCACCCUCAUCGAAGUAUGAGAGCCGGCGUCCCAUCAGCCGCCUGCUCCACUGAAGGAUGUAAACAGAUCCCAGCUGCCAGUUUAAACCAUCUCUAAUAGCACUGCCCAGUCAAAGACAAUGUAAGCUGUGGACCAAUGAUUGAACUGGGCCGAAGAGACCUUUCCAGUUUUUUCCAGUUAAAAACGUUUCUAGAGGUUGUGAAUACCACUCGCGCUAUGAUUUUGUUAUUUGAAUUUAAUAUUUUAACGUAAGAGCAAUUAAGCCUGUAUAUAUAUUGUACAUAGAUUUUAAUAUGACAGUGUUUUAUGAACUCGCCAUGUGCAUGUUGCAAUCCAUGUUACACAAACUAGCAAUGUAUUUCAAGUGUGUGUACAGGCAGUAUGUUUUAAGCAUUUUCAGAGGUUGCUAUCUUUGCUGCUUUUAAUGUAUUCAUCAUUUCUUCUACAAGAGUCAAUGGUGCGUUUCCUCACCCACAACCUGCUCACCGCCGCAAGUAUCUUCCUGUAGGUUCCUGUUAGUUUCACGACUAAAAUGGCCCAGAUGCCGGGUUUAAUUCAGAACCUAAAGUCAGACAUUUCCACCCGUAAAACCACGCAAGACUUAGUAUUGGCCAUCAUUUAGUCAAAAGUUGUGGACAUUUCCUGCCUGUAUGGUGUAACCACAGUUCAAACCCCACCCCAAAACCCUGACGCCUGCCAGAGGACUUUCAGAGUGUGCAUGUGUACGUGUGUGUGUAAAAAGUUUCAGGAUUUUUUUUUUUUUUCCCCCUUGCGCAUCAUUUCAAAACAAGCAUGUAUCCUUGUAAUAUUUCAUUAUUAUAACACGGCAAAUCUGGUUGUAUUCGUCACAUCUUGCCUCUUUUGUACAAAAAUAAAGAAAAUGCAUAAUAA